AUGUGGGCUCAUGUGGGCUCAUGUGGGCUCCAUGUGGGCUCAUGUGGGCUCCCCCAGACUUAUACAGCCAUGGCAGCUGUGACUCUUGUGCUGGUGUUGUGCCCCAGGGCAGCUGUGACUCUUGUGCUGGUGUUGUGCCUCAGGGCAGCUGUGACUCUUGUGCUGGUGUUGUGCCCCAGGGCAGCUGUGACUCUUGUGCUGGUGUUGUGCCCCAGGGCAGCUGUGACUCUUGUGCUGGUGUUGUGCCUCAGGGCAGCUGUGACUCUUGUGCUGGUGUUGUGCCCCAGGGCAGCUGUGACUCUUGUGCUGGGCAGCUGUGACUCUUGUGCUGGUGUUGUGCCCAGGGCAGCUGUGACUCUUGUGCUGGUGUUGUGCCCCAGGGCAGCUGGGACUCUUGUGCUGGUGUUGUGCCCCAGGGCAGCUGUGACUCUUGUGCUGGUGUUGUGCCCCAGGGCAGCUGGGACUCUUGUGCUGGUGUUGUGCCCCAGGGCAGCUGUGACUCUUGUGCUGGUGUUGUGCCCCAGGGCAGCUGUGACUCUUGUGCUGGUGUUGUGCCCCAGGGCAGCUGAGACUCUUGUGCUGGUGGUGUGCCUCAGGGCAGCUGUGACUCUUGUGCUGGUGUUGUGCCUCAGGGCAGCUGUGACUCUUGUGCUGGUGUUGUGCCCCAGGGCAGCUGUGACUCUUGUGCUGGUGUUGUGCCCCAGGGCAGCGGGCAGCGGUGACUCUUGUGCUGGUGUUGUGCCCCAGGGCAGCUGCGACUCCUGGCUCGGUGGAGAAGACGACCCUCUGACCGGCUUCUCGUGGAGAGGAGGCUGCGAGCGCGAGACCACAGGGAUCCUGGCCUGGAGCGAGCUGUUCGUGGUCCACAAACCAGAUGGAUCUAAGAAUCAGAGCAUGUAA